AACGGCGAUUCCCGAUUUCCGACACUCAGACAUCUCCCUUCGUUUGCCGACCUCCAGAUAUAUGCGUUAAAAUUAGAUGCGUAGAUUUUUUCCGUGUUAGCUGUAAUAAAGGGAUUCUGAACCCAGGGAAAGGGGGCUCACCGAGCUACAGUGCUUAACAUCGCGCGUAUGUUUCGAUCAUGUACCUAUCCAACUAUGAAUGCUGGAAAAGAAGCAACAAGUCGCUUCACCCCGAUGGGAUCGCAUGCGCUACUGUCCGUAGCCAGCGCAGCCCCUUCUAGGAACACUUCCCUAGGCCCAAAGGUCAUUCUCGUGUUUAGUUGGUUGGAUGCCGAGUUGAAGCAUAUUUACAAGUAUACUGAGGGUUAUCAUGCCUUAUAUCCCGGAGCAGACCAAAUUAUCGUCCGUUCCGAUCAAAAAUCAUUCUGGUAUCCAGAGUUCUUAAUGGGACGUACCCUCAAGCCUGUGGUCGAUGCACUUCACGCACGCGGGAUAUACAGUCUCAGGGACUCGUCGUCCAGAGUUUUAGUCCACUCCAUGUCCAACGGCGGUUGCUUUCAGCUUGUAACACUGACAAAAUUAUUGGAAAAACACGUCCCUUCCAGCUCUCCUUCCGGAGAUUGUGGACUUUCACCAUCCGACUCAUGCGAAUCUACCUCCCCCACUUCUGGUCCAUCAUUCGUCUUCGACUCUUGCCCUGGUCUUCCCUCUUUCAACGUGAUGUAUCUCGCUUUAUCUAUUCGGAUCAAGAAUCUUUGGCUCCGCAAAGCCACCUAUAUCCCAUUUGGACUCACCCAUUACCUCGUGAAACUACCAUACCUCGAUGCCAUUAUUCUCGGACCACUCUUUAACCUGUUUGGAUACCAAUACCCUAGGGUUCAAUACUUCGAACAGAUGCGCAUGCAACUACUAGACCCCAAAUUAUUCCCUUUAGAUGCUCCGAGAGUCUUUUUCUACUCCACGCUGGACGAACUCGUACCUGCGAAAGACGUAGAGAGUCACAUCGAAGACGCCAAGAAGGCUGGUGUCAAGACAAUCAUCGCAAAGCGCAAUGAACAAUGCACUCAUGUCAACCACAUGCGAAUGGACCCUAAAACGUAUUGGGCUACCAUUCAUAAGUUGUGGAUGGGAGAGCAUCCCUAAAUUUAUAUGUUUGCCUAUUAGUAUUCACCUCUCUCCGAGUCCUUCGCUUGUAUAUUUAUGUAAUA